AUGGCGUCGUCGAGCGCGUCGUCGCCGCGCACGCGCGAGGACGCGUGCGCGACGCUCGGAAUCCCCGUCUACGCGACGCGCGCGGACGCGAAGAAGAGCUAUCGCGCGCUCGCGAGGGCGUUCCACCCCGACAAGGGCGGCGACGCGGAGCGAUUCCAGGCCGUGCAGCGCGCGUACGAGCUCUUG